UAUUGCGAGGAGCCACUUUGUGCUUUUUGUUUAUCAACGGCCUUUUUCAUUCGUGGGGUGACUACAGCUGGAAAGACCCAAGCGGCGCCGUCUGGACGACACUUUACUAUUUCCAUUCCUUCCUAUUCUGGCCUCCGCGUAGGCCGUAUUAAUAGAUACAAGUCUUAUGUGAAUUUACUUCAAAAUAUUUCAGAAUUAUUCGGCACAUUCAAGGCGAGAAAGCACUUGAGCUUGGACGAAAUAUUAUCCACCGUUCAGAACGUCUGGAAAGGUCCGGAAGCUGACGAUUUACGAUAUUGCAACCUACAGAGUGAUAUGGAAAACAAGGCUUCUUCCUCAGAAACCCGUUCGCCGAUUACGCAAAGAAGAAGACUUAGUGUUCCAGAAACAGUAAUGAGAAAACAUAACUUGGCACUGGAACGGUCCAGCGUUUCUCAAAGUAAACACUUUUCCUGGGACAAAGAAGCAGAAUCAUGGAGUGACCCAAAUCUGAACAGAAAAAAGGAUUCUAAUAUAAUAAGGAAGUCCACCCUGCUGCGGCGAUUGUGGAGCGAUAAUUCCAAGCCGAAGUUAUAUGGAAGUUUUCACGAAUGGCAACAGUCGAACAGAAAGCUGUCUUCAACGCAAUCUUUAAAUUCCAAUAAUUCAAGUCCAGAACAUUUACCGAGAAGAUUCGAUCGUUCUUCGCCACAUAGAAAAUUCAGUUCAAGUCCUAGUAAAUUAUCUAGUAAAUUUACUGAAGAUCAAAAUACUGCGCUGUCGCCUAAAAGAAAACUGCCUGUUCUGCAGAAGACAUCCAGAACAUCACAAUCUCGAGAAACUACUAUCAAAUAUACUGGAUCCAGUUUUACCAAUAUGUCAGACACAAAUUCGGAUUCGGCAUAUUCAAAUAGCAUUUCACAUUUCACAGAAUCUGCAAGUUCAAGAUCUAAUAGCAAAGGAAUUCAAUCAGAUGAGAAUAGUAACAGAUGCAAAGAAAGUAAGCGCUUGGUGAAGGAAAGUGGUGCCCAAACUCGGGAUGUGACCAACUUAAACGUAAUUUCAAAUAUUAGUCUAAGUCAGUCAACGCUAGAUGUAAUAUUUAAAGAGGUUAUGAAGGACGUCGGAAGAGUGCCUGCUGGGAAUAUUAAUAUUAAUACUGCUGCUGUUACUUCGGACCAAGAGCCUGCUUUAAACAAUGAUAACUCGCCUAGAUUUUUUAUUGAUGCAACUUCAGAUGUAAAUUUUAAUACGAGUGGAGAUGUAGAAAAAUUGAUAAUUGGCAAAGUCCGAACAGGCAGUCCCUACUCAAAACCCGCAGAACUAAACCAGCCAUUGGUUCCGAGAUUUUCCGCAUUUCCUCGCACCUCCUCCAUGGAAGUUAAUACUAGUGAAGAAGAUAAAGAAGACUCAGAAACUCUCAGUUUUGUGGACAGUCUUGAAGAUUUUACUUCUCCUAGAACUAUGUCCAAUAGUUGUACAAGUUUUUCCGAUGUUGCUCAAUUAUUACCGGAAGGUAAAAAUGAUGAGUCCUCAAGAAAGUCUUCCACGUUUUUUAUUCCAAUACAAGUUAAAACUGAUAACGCUGACAAAAGUGUAUCGGAACUACUUCCAAAUAAGGUAAGGGAACGACUAAACGAAAGACAGCACCAAAGAGAAGAGAAAUUGAAGCAAUACAGGAACAGUAGUCAGUCGACCACUAGCAAUGUUAGCAUAAUAAAGAAUACCUUAAACUUCUCAAAUCACCUGCCAAAGAAGAAGGUGAAGCCAAUUCUCCCUAGUAUAGCUUCGUUGAAAAAAGCCUCUAUAAAGGAGAAGAAAAGUGAGCACCAGUCGAGAAGGAAACACGCUGAGUUGACCAGAAGUAGGAAUGAUGGCACAUUUAGGGCACAAGCAAAGGACAUAAACGCCGAGCCCAGCAAGGAUGCCCUUAUAAUUGCAAGAGGAAGAAGAGAAAUUCUACAAGUGACAGAAAGCGCUGAGCUGUCUCCUGAUAGAAGCAGGAAAUCAAAAAUACCAAUUCCUGUUUGCAUCUGCUCGAGCUCAAGAAAAGUGCAUUUUGACAAACCUUCUUAUUUAGAUUUCGACAAUUACGCUUCAGAUCCCAAAGUCGACCAGUUAAUUGCUAAUAUUUUAAUAGACUCCCUCAAUCAUAACACAGGAAUUGAUAGAUCCAACGAGGGAAAUAGCUCGAACUAUCCUAAAGAUAAAUCAAGUAGUGGAAAUAAUGGCAAUACACGUCCUCGACAUUCACUUCCUGACGAAAGUACAAAGCAACUAAUCGCAUUGAAAAACAACAAUUUAAGCAAUAACAAUAAUGCACUGCCUGAACUAAAUGGAAACUCAUCGAAAAACAAUAAUUCCUCUAUUCCGAAAGGAUGGGUGACAGUUUAUACAGUGCGUAAGGACCUGGAAUCGCCCGAAAGCACUUCAGACGAAGGAAAGAAAUAUUUGAUGGCUACAAGUGGAGCUGCGGAUAGUGUACGAGAGCGGCAAUAUUAUGAGAAAAUCGUCCCUUGUGACGAAAAUUGUGAUUACCCAAAAAAUAGUUUUAUACCUUCGAAUCGACACGAAAAAGCUACAGCAGAAACGCGCUUAGAUAUGAAUUAUUUAAACAAAUUUGAGAGCGCUAGGAAAUCGACUAAAAGAGACAGUCAACAAGAAAAAACCUCUUUAGGAGAAUGGUCAGUAACAAUAAGCGGAACCAAUACGUAUGGACAGGCUGCUCCAGACGUGGAGAUGAGGCUUAAGUUUCCGAAAAAGCAUCGAACGAAUUCAUAUUCGAGCUUCGAGAAAGAGAACAACCAAAACAGUCAUUGCAGAUUUCCGAAAAUUGAUGCUGACGCAACAAAAUUAAAUUGUGAAAGGCAAUACCAAAAAGAAAAGUCCCAAAAUUAUGAUAACUUGCCUAAAAUUAAAAAUACUCGAAGAACGCGAAAGAGAGAAGGAUCUGUGCUGUCUAUGUCAUCUUCAGUAAUGAUUCCUAGACAAACUAAAACCAGUACUAGCAGAUACCAUUUUUCAAGACCUCGGGAGCGAUUUUCAUUGCCGGAAGUGCCUUCAAUGUUAAAUGAAAGACAAUGUUUUGAUAUUAUGAAGCAGAUUCCCGACAUACUGGCAGUCACAGGUCGAUCCAUCAGUCCGGAACUUAGACCAAUGGAAGAGAGAUGAACCAAUCAAAUUGGCGAUUUAUUUUUUGAAAUGUACCAUAUUCUGUAAAAUAGAUAUUUUACUGCAAGCUCAAAUCAA